AUGUCCGCAUCAUCCGCCUCGUCACGAUCAGGUUCUGCUGGGUCGGAACAUCCCGAGAUGGACGAGAAUAGUGCCUCGCGCUUAUUCGAUAUUUACAAGCCGGCCUUCCGUCGCCAUUAUGAAGUCAAGUCGACCGAUGACCAGUGUCUUUACUAUGGCGAUAUCUCUUCCUUCACUCGCAACAAACCUGAUCUUACUCUACACGCAGGGACCGGCGAUCAAGCUCCCGUGGUGGCGGCAGCCAAGUUCAUCAAGCUGUCCGGUCAAUAUAAACUGUGCCUAGGGGAUCCCAAUGAUAUGAACAAUGCUCAAUGGGAGGACAUGACUAAGGACCGGUCCUUGCAUCCGAGACAUCGGUUCGAGAUGACGAUUCCCAGCUAUAUAGUACCUGAUCAGAGCGAGCGAAGGGCUUUUCUCUGGAAGCGCACACGUAGUGUCAUCGCGGACGGUGCCAAGCCGCUCAGAUUGAAUAUGCGCAAUUUUAAGUUGAUCGAUGCGCGGACUGAGAAGGUGGUGGCUGUCUUUACUCGGGAGAGGUCCUUUUCGAAGUGCGGGAGGCUUCAGAUCCAGGAGAAUUAUGGAGAAAACUUUGAGACGAUGGUCUUGAUUUCAUGUAUCAGUCUCUAUGAGCGGUUAAGACGACGCAACAAUUCGGCUGCCGCGAGUGGCGGCGGUGCUGGCGGAGCUUGA